UGCAACAGGCUCUGGCAAGACGCCUCUUUCGUCUCCCCAAACGUCCUGCACGGUUGUGGAACGCUGACAGGCUUCGAAGGACUGGCAUCGGCGAUGGAUUUCGGAGGAGUAGCGAGGGUAUAUCGGGUUAUUCGACGGAAGCCAUUGCGGAACCAAAGCAAAUUCCAACACGCCCUCGCAAAAUUAUCACUUUGGAUGCCGCGAAGAUGCAGGUCUCCGGCCAACAAACCUAUGACAUCUCAGGCUGCAAAACUGCUAACUUCGGUGCAACACAAUUGAAUCCCCCUCGAUAUUUCACUGUUACAUACAUGUCCGUUCAAAAGCGGACACAUGUCCCCUUCCCCCCUGGGUCAACCGGUGUGUUUUACUACCACCCACCUUCUCCCGGCGCACCAGUCCUCAGCGGUGAGCUGCGCUUCAAGCUGUGUACAGACCUCGCCUUCUUCGGAACCUCUCCCGACCUCCAGCUCCCUGAUGAAGGGAGGCCAUGGUCGUUGAACCUCUACUCAAUGAUAACAACACCCAGCUGGAAGGCACUCCGCCUGAUGCUCGUUCAUGAAAGACUUGUAUCACCUGCUACGGUCGAGGCGGUCGCCGGCCAACCACGGCUGAACCACAACAGAAAUUCACGUUUUUUGUACUCCCUCGAACAACCAUUCGAACUUGACCUAGCGCAAAAAAGAACCUCAUUCGUGUUGCUCAGCCUCAGGCAUGCUUCGAGUUUCAAAUUUUGCGCUCCGUACGCCUCAACUGACAUACACGACCCUAUCUACACAGGACGUAUCAAGGCACGCUUCGAGCUAUCCACCCUUCCUGAGCACUCUUCCAAUGGACCAACGCUCGUCCUGCGCGUUCUCGAGCUGUUGACCCCUCUUGUGUGUCACACUCCCGGGAAAAUGUUGGAACCCCACCCUGGCGAACUGCUCAGCAAACAUGACCGCGGCAAGAUCUACGCAUGGUCUUUCCCACUCGAGAAGCGCAUUCGCGCGCCUGCAUUCAGAGACUUCAUCGGCCUACCCCCGUUGCCCAAGGAUAAGAUUAAGGGCAAAUGUGCCGGAAAAUAUCCGCACUACCUCCUCACACUUUUGCCGGAGGAAAUGAAACCGAAGGGGCAACUGAUAACUGAUGUAUCUGGACAGCUCGCCGUCUCAUUCCGACCGCGACUUCGGGGCAGCAAGGAGGGCCCUGUCUGCACCGGAUACGGAAAUAUGGCCAGCGGCCUCAAGCCAUUCCCCCCCAACACUAAGGGAGUGCUGUAUUAUCAUCGGCCAUCAUCGGGAGAGCCUAUUAUGAGUGGCGAACUCCGGUUUCGUGUUUGCGACGAUGUAACGGCCUUCCAGGACGGAUCCGACCUGCUAGCACUCAACGGUGUGGAGCCCUGGAGUAUUCCCUUCUACCAUGUCGUCAGAUCCCGUGGGAAGAAGCCCCUGGUCGAUCUCAUGUUGCAGGAAGGUCUUGUCGAACGGCAGGUUGUGGACAAGAUUGUGAAAUUGCCCUCCAUCGCUAGGUCCAAGGGAUACCGCCCGCUGUAUGCCCUCGACUGGCCGUUCGUGGUCAACUUAUCCGCAUGCCCGAUACAUUUCGGCCUGGUCAAUCUCUCUAUGUUUGAUUUUCAUGAUAUGCGUGAAAUAUUUCGAUUCGGUAUUUCACAUGUGGCUCCGUAUUCGGGUUUCGUGAAGGCGCGCUUCGAAUUCUCGACGUUACCUAAGCAUGCAAGUUCCAAGGUUCUUGUGCUGCGGAUUCUAGAGCUGCUUGAACCCGUGCAGCGCCUCAUCCCUGAUGCUGAGGAUAUGAUACCCAUGCCUCAAGCUGGUUCUCUAUUGUACAGGAAUGACCGCGGUGGUAAACCCAAACUGUGGACGUUUGAUCUCGACAGACGCGCAGGCGGGGAAGUCUUCAAACGUUUCAUCGCAACGUGCGAGAAACAGUAGG